AUGGGUCUUGCCAACAGUACAUCCAAACAGUUUGCCACAAGUUUUGGCGAAGAAGAAACCGUUGGCCGACGAGGGCCUACAUUGGGAAGUGUUUUGAUUGAUGGAGUUGAGGCGGGCAGUUUCCGGCUAGUUGUGGUGACACCAUUGAAGAUUCAGGUGUAUGAUGCCCACACCGCCAAAAUCCUCGAUUUGCAGGAUUUGGUCCCCGCUUCCUUGAGGAGCCAUUUGCCCAUGACCAGCUUCUCUGUGGAGGCUGAGUCCUCCUCAUCGCGUCGAAUGGCAGUGGGCUGUCAGGACGGUGAGGUCCUGAUUUUCAGCCUGGAGAGCGACACUGCCAAGCCGCUUCGCUCUUUCCACGUUGAGGAGGACUUGACCAGCGAGUCGAAGCACGCCUUGGCAAAAAGCAUCCUGGCGCUACACCUCCAUCAAGGCUAUGUCUUUGCAGGAACUUGUGGGCGAUGUAUGUGCUGGAAUUUGGAUGAUGGGGAGCUGCUGCAUGAGUUCCACCUGCCCAGUUCGGAUCAUCCUGUAUCUGCCAGCUCGUUGGUAACUGUGGCGCCGGAAUCUGGCCUGCAACUCUGGACAGGACUCGAUGUAGGCUCAGUUGCAGUGUUUGAAGUUGAAACGGGCAUGCUUGUACGGAGUCUCCCUUGUGGUGGUCCGGAGAUGGUCGUUGCCUUGGCGUUCUGCGAGAAAACCUCCGUCGUGUUUGCACUUUCUGCGCACCGGCGAGUCACCAUUUGGGACACAGACUUGUAUGCUUGCCUGCAGAAGUACCCUGCAGAGUUGAUGACGUGUGGAGCCGAUCUGAGUGCCAUGGGCGCUUUCGACAUCCCGAGCAUCAACAUGUCGCUUCUGGUGCUGGCGGGAGUGGACGGCUCCCUGUGCCUUCGUCGCAUCACACGCAGGGAAGACAGGAAACUCAAUUGCAUCCUGCUGUGGUAUCUUGGAGCUGAAUCCGGAUGUCCGAUCACCGCGUUGGAUUUUCACAGAGCAACUGAAACGAUCCUCUUGGGCGAUGCAGGCUGCCGAGUGCAACUGCAGAACAUCAAAGAGCAAAUUUCAGAGGCUCAAAUGAUCCCACCGCGGAAGAGCACGGGUCCAAAGAGCCAGGAAGCAGAAGCAGAGACCACCACGGUGGACAUAGGUGAAGACGCUGAACCUCCUCUACCAGCUCCAGCAUAUCCGCCUUCCCCGAGUCAGGUGAGUCCGGCCGGGGAUGCAAGGACUGCCAGGACGGAAAAGAAGGAGACUGCGCCUGGAUAUCCCAGUGCUGAUUCAGCGGCCUUUCCUGUCUUCAAUGGCGGUGAUGCUGUUUGAGUCAUUUGCCUGAUCCCUGGC